GUUUUCGGACCUUUGUCACCUCCAAAACCUUAUAUAAGCCAUCCCACGCUCCUCUGUUUUUACUCUACUCAAUCUCGUCUCACUCUUUUCUAUAUACUUUCUUUUAUCAAAUUAUUUUCCGGGUCACAAAUUUUGAACUCACCCACUCAAUAAUUUUCAAUUUUAACAAGUUUUGAGUUGUUUUGGCUUCUGGGUUGUACAGAAAGUUUAAAUUUUGGAAGUUGUAACCAAUCUUUAGGAGUUCUUGCCCUGUUUUUUGCUCUGUUUUUCAUAUUAGGGAAGAUUUGGCUUUGUGGGUAUUGUUGAAAUUUUAUCUUUAUCCAGUUUGUUUUUAUUUUUGUUUUUGGGGUCAAAUUUCAAAGGGGGGGUUGGAGGGGGAAACAUCAUAAAGCAAAAAUAGUGAAUUUUUAGAGGAAAAUGAUUCCGUUGCACAACGGGUGCAUUUUGUGGAAAUUGUUUGCAAUUCUUGAGAAAAAGUAUUGUGUUGAGAAAAGCUUUUACUUUUGGAUCUUCCAAAUUUUUAAUAGACUUAGCCACCACGGGGUUUAUAUAUAGUUCUAAAAAAAUUUCUAAGCUUCUCUCUCUUUUUCUGUUUUCAUAAAUUUUGGAGAUUUUUAUUUGUUUGGGAAGUGAGAAAAUGGGAGGAGCAUCAUUGCCACCAGGGUUUCGGUUCCACCCAACCGAUGAGGAAUUGGUUGGGUAUUACCUAAAGAGAAAAGUUGAGGGACAAGAAAUUGAACUUGAAGUGAUUCCUGUGGUUGAUUUGUACAAAUUUGAUCCCUGGGAGUUGCCAGAGAAAUCAUUCCUUCCCAAACGCGACAUGGAAUGGUUCUUCUUCUGUCCCCGGGAUAGGAAAUACCCAAAUGGAUCGCGCACAAACCGUGCUACCAAAGCUGGCUACUGGAAAGCCACUGGUAAAGACCGGAAAGUUGUUUGUCAGUCUUCUGUGACUGGUUAUCGUAAAACCCUAGUUUUCUACCGUGGAAGAGCUCCAAUGGGGGAUCGAACAGACUGGGUAAUGCAUGAGUAUCGCCUUUCUGAUGACCUUUCUCAAGGAUCACCAUGUUUUCAGGGAGGUUAUGCUUUGUGUCGUGUCAUUAAAAGGAACGACAACGUGCAAAAGACUAGUGAUAAGCAAGUUGGAAAUAGUUCAAACAAUGGGGAUUUCACUUCAACUAGAAUUUCAAGUGAGCCUGUGAUGAUCUCCGAGGACAUGACCUUUCAAUCGAGUCACCUAUGCAAUGGGAGUAAUUUUUCGAGCCCUGUUACUUCUCCAUAUCAGACUAUGCCAAUUGUGGAGAAUGAUACAUUUUCAAUGGGGACGAAUCGCAGUAGCGUCUGGGUAUCACCCGAUUUAAUCCUUGAUUCAUCUAAGGAAUACCCACAAGGACAAGGUGUGUUUGGAUACUAUCUGCAACACAAGUUUCCAAACAUGAUGACUCAAUGGCCGCCACAUAAUCAGUAUGAAAUUUCACCCAGCUCGUCCUACUCAAAUUUCACGGAAGAAAUUGAGGUCGGUGAUGACCUCAGUCGAUUUGGUUGCAUUUCACCAUACUCAUCAGGACACACAAACUACAUGGGCUUUUGUGGAAAUGAGGAUAAUAUGCCUUACGAAGGAUUUGAAACUUGGGAUCAGGCUACAAUUCAUAGACAAGGUAGCGGAGAUGGGAGUUUGGGGGAACUUGGCGGUCUUUGGUCGCAGGAAGAUAAUAUGGUUAUUGUGAUGUGAGAAUCUGCAAAAAGUUGGAUAACCCUACUCAGUUUUUGACUAGUAAUAAUCAAGACUGGUGCCCCUGAGACAAUGAUUUUUUAAUAUUGAUCUUGGAGUGGAAAACUAUGGUAUUGGUAUUGGUAUUGGUAUUGGUGUUUGGUGCUGGUGUUGGUGUUGGUAUUGGGUUUUGAGUCUACUCUUGUUAGCAAUCCCCCUGGUUAUGAUCACUUUUAUAGAUUGCACCAGGAGUUGGAACAUUUCAUCAUGGCGAUGCUUUGUCGUGUUGUUGAACAUUUUGAUGUUUAAAUGCUGUAUUUUUCUCUGUUUAGUAUAAUAAGGAAGCAUCUUUAUCAAAUUUCAUCA